AAAGUCAAAUUUGGGAAAGACAUACCCAAACCGAAGGGAAUCGAAGACCUUGUUCUUCAACGACGAAAACACAACCUCCAUAUAAACACUUUGUCUGUUUAAUCAACAGAAAAGUCAACUGGUACGCAUACCCAUAUCAUUGAACACUUUGGUAAUACUGCAAGGUUGUCUGUUUUAGGGAUUAUAUAAAAUUGAUGUUAAUUAGUAGAGGAGUAGUUACUUUUUAUGGAUAACUUAUGCUGCUUCAGUUCUGCUAAUUCUCAGGGUGGAGUAAUUUGGUUUAAGGUUGUUCUCUUUCAAAUUGUUUACUACCUUUUGCUGUUUGCUGUGGGAACCAAGCCAUGUUAGGAUCGAGCAGAUGUUGCUUCGCCCAGCUUUAACAUAUACUUCCUUUAAACCUUUAAAUCUUAAGCAGCUUGCAGGAGGACGGUCAUCAGGUGGCAAAGGAAGAAGCCAUCAAGGGCCUGCCAAGUAUGGGUUCACCCUGGUUAAGGGGAAAGCAAAUCAUCCAAUGGAGGAUUAUCAUGUUGCUAAAUUCAUGCAGUUGCGCAAAGGGGAACUAGGACUUUUUGCUAUUUAUGAUGGGCAUUCAGGAGACAAUGUGGCUGCCUAUUUACAGAAACAUUUGUUCUCCAAUAUCUUAAAAGAGGAGGAUUUUUGGACCGACCCUCAUAGCUCAAUCUUACAAGCUUACGAGAGAACAGAUCAGGCUAUUCUCUCACAUAAUCCUGAUCUAGGACAAGGAGGGUCGACUGCAGUGACUGCAAUACUUAUAAAUGGGCGAAAGCUAUGGAUAGCAAAUGUUGGAGAUUCCAGAGCAGUGCUUUCAAAGAGGGGGAAGGCGAUACAAAUGAGCAUUGAUCAUGAACCACACACAGAGCGGGGAAGCAUUGAGAACAAAGGUGGCUUUGUCACAAAAAUGCCAGGAGAUGUUGCUAGAGUGAAUGGUCAACUAGCUGUAUCUCGCGCUUUUGGAGACAAGAACCUGAAAUCACACUUGCGCUCUGAUCCUGAUGUAACAACCAUUGAUGUUGAUGGAGAUACAGAUCUUCUCAUCCUUGCAAGUGAUGGCCUAUGGAAGGUAAUGUCUAAUCAAGAGGCAGUUGACAUCGCGAAGAAGGUUAAGGACCCACAGAAGGCAUCCAAGCAAUUAGCCAUCGAAGCGUUAACUAGAGAAAGUAAAGAUGAUAUCUCAUGCAUCGUUGUCCGAUUUAAGGGGUAAGUGAAUGAUGACUAGUGUGCAGAAGUUAAAACUCUAUAGUUGUAAGAAUGAGAUUCAACUCCUAGUUUCAUAGAAGCUUGAAAUCUCCAGAAUCCAGCAUAAGUAUUUGUAUUUAUACAUGUACGAUCCCUUGCCCCUUGUUUGUAAUUUUCAAGUUGUUCAUUCAGUUUGUGUGGUAAUUAUCUUUUUUUUUCCUACUAAUAGAUUAGAUUCUUGAGGAUUGAAUUUUGUGUAAUUUGCAUAAAUACUUGCUUUUGUAAGCAAAACAUUUCUUGGUGUAAUCAUGAUAAUGGUCAAGGCAAACCUAUACUGUAUGUGUAUGAUUGUAUAUA